CAAUCAGAACUCCUGAGGAGGGCAGUUGAGAAAUGCUGUCAGGCUGACCGAAGACCCAUCCAUCCAUCCAUCAAUAGAGGAAACCCCAAAAGAGAGGAAAUAGAAAUAAAGGAAAUCCAUUCUUCCAUAAUACAUUUCUUCUGUUGUUUCUUGUGCUCAAAGAUCUCCAUUGGGAUACACUAAUGGAGGAGGAUCUUACAGAUUGAUCCUACUAAGCAACUUAAUCAGUCAUUUGGCCGCCACUUUUGUGUUGUAUACAGAUAUAUUAGUGUUUCCCCCGACCAUUUUCCGUCUUUUCUGCCUCAGGAUUUGGAUUCUCAACUCUUGGGAUUACUUUCAGAUCUGGAGACUAAAUAAUAGUGAGUUUGAAUGAUGAUGGACGAAUCCAUGAAUGGUGGUAACAACAGCAACAACAACCCUAAUAGUCUUUCCUCAAAGCAAAGAUUACGUUGGACACACGAGCUUCACGAACGUUUUGUUGAAGCUGUUGCUCAAUUGGGCGGCCCAGAUCGUGCUACUCCAAAAGGUGUUCUUAGAGUGAUGGGAGUGCAAGGCCUUACUAUUUACCAUGUCAAGAGUCAUCUACAGAAAUAUCGGCUUGCCAAGUAUCUUCCAGAUUCAUCAUCUGAUGGUAAGAAGACUGACAACAAAGAAUCGGGAGAUCUUCUUGCCGGUUUGGAUGUUUCACCCAGUGGGCUUCAAAUCACUGAAGCGCUGAAGCUUCAGAUGGAAGUGCAAAAGCGGCUUCAUGAGCAAUUAGAGGUGCAGAGACAGCUUCAGUUAAGAAUAGAAGCCCAAGGAAAGUAUUUAAAAAAAAUAAUCGAAGAGCAACAAAAACGCAAUGGAGUCCUAUCGGAAGUAGUAGAUGAAGAAAUCUCAGCCAUGGAAUCAAAUAAAGUUGAUGAUCCAGCAACUCCAGCUUCAUCUGAACAGCCAUUGUUGGACAAUAAUGGUGCCAUGGUGUCAACAAAGAGCAUUUCUGUUGAUGAAUCACUUUCUUCUCAACAUGGUCCGAAAACUCCUGAUUCCAGCUGCCAUGUUAGUUCUCCAUGUGAAAGCCCAAAAGCUGAAAGGUCAGCCAAGAAGCAGAGAGUCGUCGGCGUUGAUGAUGAUGGAACUUACGAUAAAUUAGAGAUAUUGGAGUCGAGUUUGAGCAAACCACAUUAUCAUCAGCAGCAAAUGCAUUCAGUCUUUGUUGCUAAAGAGCAGUUUAACAACCAUUCUGGGAAUGCUCAUCAGUUACAGAAUGAUUCAAGCACAUCAGUUAGAGAAUGAUUCAAGCAGCAAUAUUUAGGCUUUGUGCAUUAAUUAUUGUGUGGUCUUGUAGAUGAUUGUCAGGUUUAAGAAUUAAACCACUUUGGCUUCUGCCCUCUUAUUUAUAAAAUUGCAUGCAUCUGUCUUUGAAUUCAAA